UGCGUGCGCAUGACGCGGGGGGAGGGCCCGGGCCGCGCGCUCCCGGUACCGUUGUUGUUGCCGCUGGAGCCUGCGUCUAGGCAGCGGGAUCGCGGCGCCGGGAAGCGCCCAGCAGCGGCGGCCACAGCGUGCGCGGCGGCGCCUCGUGGCUUCGGCCCCUGGACCCGGCCCCCAUGCACUAGCCCCGCGCCGCCGGCCCAGUAGUCCCGGCCCCGCCGGCCUCGCCAGCCCCGCGCGCCCGUUCGCCGCCGCCGCGCCGCCCCGGGCCCUGACCGGGCCCGUCUCGGGCCCCGCGGCUCCGGAGCCAUGAACUUCCAGGCAGGCGGGGGGCAGAGCCCGCAGCAGCAGCAGAGCCUGGCGGCUCCGGGGGGCGGCGGCGGCGGCGCGGGUGGCGGCGGGCAGUUCGGCGGCGCGGGGCCCGGGGCCGGGGGCGGCGGCGGCCCCUCGCAGCAGCUGGCCAGCGGGCCCCCCCAGCAGUUCGCACUCUCCAACUCUGCGGCCAUCCGGGCCGAGAUCCAGCGCUUCGAGUCCGUGCAUCCCAAUAUCUACGCCAUCUACGACCUGAUCGAGCGCAUCGAGGAUUUGGCUUUGCAGAACCAGAUCCGGGAGCACGUCAUCUCCAUCGAGGACUCAUUUGUGAACAGCCAAGAGUGGACGCUGAGCCGCUCUGUGCCGGAGCUUAAAGUGGGCAUAGUGGGGAACCUGUCUAGUGGGAAGUCGGCCUUGGUGCAUCGCUAUCUGACAGGGACCUAUGUCCAGGAGGAGUCCCCUGAAGGGGGGCGGUUUAAGAAGGAGAUUGUGGUGGAUGGCCAGAGCUACCUGCUGCUGAUCCGAGAUGAAGGAGGCCCCCCUGAGCUCCAGUUUGCUGCUUGGGUGGAUGCAGUGGUGUUUGUGUUCAGCCUGGAGGAUGAAAUCAGCUUCCAGACGGUGUACAACUACUUCCUGCGGCUCUGCAGCUUCCGCAAUGCCAGCGAGGUGCCCAUGGUGCUAGUGGGCACGCAGGACGCCAUCAGUGCUGCCAACCCCCGGGUCAUUGAUGACAGCAGGGCCCGCAAGCUCUCCACAGACCUGAAGCGCUGUACCUACUAUGAGACGUGCGCCACCUACGGGCUCAACGUGGAGCGCGUCUUCCAGGACGUGGCCCAGAAGGUAGUGGCCUUGCGGAAGAAGCAGCAGCUGGCCAUCGGGCCCUGCAAGUCACUGCCAAACUCGCCCAGCCACUCGGCAGUGUCCGCCGCCUCCAUCCCGGCCGUGCACAUCAACCAGGCCACGAAUGGCGGCAGCAGCGCCUUCAGCGACUACUCGUCCUCAGUCCCCUCCACCCCCAGCAUCAGCCAGCGGGAGCUGCGCAUCGAGACCAUCGCCGCCUCCUCCACCCCCACACCCAUCCGCAAGCAGUCCAAGCGGCGCUCCAACAUCUUCACGUCUCGAAAGGCUGCAGACCUGGACCGGGAGAAGAAGGCUGCUGAGUGCAAGGUGGACAGUAUCGGGAGUGGCCGGGCCAUCCCCAUCAAACAGGGCAUCCUGCUGAAGCGGAGCGGCAAGUCCCUGAACAAGGAGUGGAAGAAGAAGUAUGUGACCCUCUGUGACAAUGGGCUGCUCACCUACCACCCCAGCCUGCACGAUUACAUGCAGAACAUCCACGGCAAGGAGAUCGAUCUGCUGCGGACAACGGUGAAAGUGCCAGGGAAGCGCCUGCCCCGAGCCACGCCUGCCACAGCGCCAGGCACCAGCCCCCGCGCCAACGGGCUGGCUGUGGAGCGGAGUAACACACAGCUGGGUGGGGGCACAGGUGCCCCCCACCUGGCCAGCAGCGCGUCCCUGCACUCCGAGCGCCCACUCAGCAGCGCGGCCUGGGCUGGCCCGCGCACGGAGGGGCUGCCUCAGCGCUCCUGCUCCGUGUCCAGCGCAGACCAGUGGACUGAGGCCGCUGUCCUGCCCUCGGGCACGCAGCACCCUGCCAGUGGCCCAGCUGAGGUGCUCAGUUCCAGCCCCAAGCUGGAGCCUCCCCCAUCUCCCCACUCCAACCGGAAGAAGCACCGGCGGAAAAAGAGCAGCGGGACCCCCCGACCAGACGGCCCCAGCAGUGCUGCUGAAGAGGCAGAGGAGUCGUUUGAGUUUGUGGUGGUGUCCCUCACCGGGCAGACCUGGCACUUCGAGGCCUCGACGGCGGAGGAGCGGGAGCUGUGGGUGCAGAGCGUGCAGGCCCAGAUCCUCGCCAGCCUGCAGGGCUGCCGCAGCGCCAAGGACAAGACUCGACUGGGGAACCAGAACGCGGCCCUGGCUGUGCAGGCCGUCCGCACCGUUCGUGGCAACAGCUUCUGCAUUGACUGCGACGCGCCCAACCCGGACUGGGCCAGCCUGAACCUGGGCGCCCUGAUGUGCAUUGAGUGCUCAGGGAUCCACCGACACCUGGGGGCCCACCUGUCCCGGGUCCGCUCCCUGGACCUUGACGACUGGCCACCUGAGCUGCUGGCUGUUAUGACCGCGAUGGGCAAUGCCCUGGCGAACAGCGUCUGGGAGGGGGCCCUGGACGGCUACGCAAAGCCAGGGCCUGAAGCAUGCAGAGAGGAGAAGGAGCGCUGGAUACGGGCCAAGUACGAGCAGAAGCUCUUCCUGGCCCCGCUGCCGAGCUCUGAUGUGCCGCUGGGGCAGCAGCUGCUCCGGGCGGUGGUGGAGGAUGACCUGCGGCUGCUGGUGAUGCUUCUGGCACAUGGGUCCAAGGAGGAGGUGAACGAGACCUAUGGGGACGGGGACGGGCGGACGGCUCUGCAUCUCUCCAGUGCCAUGGCCAACGUUGUCUUCACACAGCUGCUCAUCUGGUAUGGGGUGGACGUGAGGAGCCGGGAUGCCCGGGGCCUGACCCCGCUGGCCUAUGCCCGCCGGGCCGGCAGCCAGGAGUGUGCAGACAUCUUGAUCCAGCACGGCUGCCCCGGCGAGGGCUGUGGCUUAGCGCCUACCCCCAACAGAGAGCCUGCCAACGGCACCAAUCCCUCUGCCGAGCUGCACCGCAGUCCCAGCCUCCUAUAAGGCCCAGGAAAAGGACAGAGGGGCCAGAAGGACCCAUGGCCAGGGGAUCCUCCUCUCUGCAGGCACAGGAAGAAACAGACACAGAGACAGAGAAGCAGCAACAUGCAGAGGAAGAAGGAGAGGCAAUUAGAGAGGAAAGUCAAAGGGAUCCAAGGAGAGUUUUGGGAUUUGAACUGCAGCAGAGAGAGGGAGUGAGGUAUUUAGCCCUCUGCCUGAAGGUGCCAUUGAAAAGGGACAGGACCCUUUGGAGGUGCCUGUGAGGAGAGGGGAGCAGGACCUCUCCCUCCUCCAGAUCCCUUCCUCCUGCCGCCAGCACCCGCAAGCCUUCAUCCUAAAGUUGGGACGGGGUACAGGUUGGGGGUGCUGGAUGGGAGAGACGGGGUGAUCUGUGAGUCCUAUGUAAACUUUGUACAUUGGAAUAUUUAUGUUUGUGUACAUAAUUGGUGUGUAUGAUGAGCCAAUAAACCAGACUGUGUGUGUGG